UUGUCUAGCGAGACGGAAGUGCGAGCUGAACGACUUCCGCUUCCGGUGGAAAGGUGUGCAGUGGAACGUAAACACAAGUAGUAGGGAGCAGUCGCCAGAAUGGCUUCCUUUGGAUGGAAGAGGAAAAUUGGUGAAAAGGUCUCAAAAGUCACAUCUCAGCAGUUUGAAGCAGAAGCUGCUGAUGAGAAAGGCUUAGUAGAGAAUGAUGAAGUUAACUGGCUUCAUGCAAUUAAACGAAAGAAAGCAAUUCUCCUAGAAGACUGUGCAGAGAAGAGUAAACAGUUAAAGGAUGAAGGUGCAAUUUUGGCAGAAAAUAGGAGGUACUGGGAGGCAAUUCACAAAUGGGAUGAAGCACUUCAGUUAACUCCAGAUGAUGCUACCCUGUAUGAGAUGAAAUCACAGGUUCUGAUGUCUCUUCAUGAAAUGUUCCCUGCAGUUCAUGCAGCAGAAAUGGCUGUUCAGAGAAAUCCACAUUCAUGGGAAGCUUGGCAAACUCUAGGACGUGCCCAGCUUGGAUUAGGGGAGAUUGUCUUGGCAAUUAGAAGUUUCCAAGUGGCCUUGCAUAUUUAUCCAAUGAAUCCUGAAAUAUGGAAAGAAGAUCUUUCCUGGGCAAGAACAUUGCAAAAGCAACAGAAGGAAGCACAGAGGGUUAAAAGAACUGAAACACCAGCUGAAGAAAUAAAAUUUUCACCAAAAUCGAUUCCAGACUAUGAUUUUGAAAGUGAUGAGAUUGUUGCUGUUUGUGCAGCUAUCGCAGAAAAGCAGAAGACGGUUUCAGCAAAUAAAACAAUGGUGAUUGUGUCAGCAUCUGGGACUGUAGAGACCAUAACUGAAAAGGAAGAAGGUGCCACAGUUCCUGAUGGUUCUGUUUUUAUCAAAGCUCGAUAAAAUAAUGCAUGACACUUCAAUCUAGCUUGUUGAGCAUCACUUAAAAAGUUUUAGCAGCAGAGAAAUCCAUCCUUAAGAAAUAGGGUGAAACCAAUAUUUUUGAGAUGAGAGAUUUGAGAACUUAAAGGUAGAAUCAUUGCAUAAUGUCUGGUCAGCAUUUUGAUGACUUAUGAAUUAGAAUUGCAGCCUCAAGAAAUGUGAGUAAAAUGUUGUGUGAUUAACACAUUUUGUUUAAUUUUUGUAAGUAAAAGCAUCAUUUUAUUAAUGCAUAGCUUGAAAAGCAAAAUCUUGUUGAAAAUACUACAAGGUCCCCUUUGUCAUUUGUGCAUUGAUUUGAAGACCUUUGUUGUGAAUUGGCUUUUCAAAUUGAUAUUUAUUUUUGAAAUCGGAAAAAAUGGCAACCUUCCCCUCCCUCUUCAAAAUAUAUAUUGUUAUUGAGAUGAAAAGAUUGUAUCCAAGGACCUAAAAAUAUUUAGAUAUUGUAACAAAAAAGGAGCGUUAAUAGUCAAAUAGUAUCAUUAGAAAUAUGAAAUACAGGAAUUCCAGUAGGACCUUGGAAAUUUCAGCAAAAAACAUAUGCAUGUCUAUAAGCAAUUUCUGAUACUUCUCUUAACUCUGAUUCGUACUUUUGAUUUUGAUUUUAAUAUUAGAAAAGCAAAAAAAUUAUUGUUCUGUUAAGAAGUUUCUUCAGCAUUUAUCAGAUGUGUCAAAUUAAUAAGAAAAAGCAUUAUUUUGACAUCAAAAUGUUUUUGUUGUAAGGAAAAAAAAGGAUUCCCUGCCACUAAUGAAUCAUUUUAAAAGUGUAAACUUUUAAAAUUAUUAUAAAUGUUGGUUUUUUAAAAGAGUACAACAAUAUGCAUAUCCUUUUCCAUUUAAAUUUUAUAUUUCCUUAAUUGUAAAGCUCAAGUUAUCUUUAUAGUUAUUUUAAAUGUAAUGUUUAAGAUGGUAGAUUUUUAUUUUCAGCCUAUGGAACUUAAUAGGGGUGCCUCAAUUGGAUAAGAAGAUGGCUUACCAUUAAAAAUAGAUAGAUUCUGUCCUUAAAAAUGAGGAUGAAAUUCUUAGUUCUUAGGUCACUAACUUAUUGUCAUGUCUAUAACUUCAAAUUUAAAAGUUCAUUCUUUAUAUUGCUAACCAUCAGGAAUUACAGAAGAUAUCUCUGAAUGAAAACUAGAAAGUACAUAUAAAAAUAAAUAUCUUUGCUAAUACAAGUUGAUUUUAUACUCUACUAGUAUAAUAUACCAUAAAGUAGAAGUUUUAUUCUCAAACUCUGAAAGAUAUUUUUUGUUUUUAGAUUAAGUACCUUGGAACUGGAAUUAGAGUAAUCUGCUUCAUAAUGUAGAUUUUUUUUUUUUUUAAAUUCUCUUCUACAUUGGAGGCAGAUCAUUUGAUGUUUUUUGACAGGACCUUUGAGUGCAUUAAUCAGAGAUGAAGAAAUCAGCAGAUUAACUUUGCUGUAGAAAGUAUUGUACUGUGUAUUUGAUCAGGGAGGUGGUUCCAGUUAGAAUGGUAAGUUUUAAUGUAGUCUAAAACACAAUACUUAGUGUUUUAAAUAAUAAUUACAGAUUGAUUGGGUAAGUAUAGAUAUGAGCAGUCUUGUAAUUUAACAUUGUUUUGUGUGUUGGAUGUAUAUGUUUUUUUGCUUAUUGUAAAAUUCAUGUAUAAAUAAAGUUGUUGGGCAUUCUGCAAUGUCAA